AUGCACUACAUGAAAGAGUUAUGCAAGAAGUUCACGAAGAUUGAGUUCAAGCACAUCCCCAGGAUUCAGAAUGAGUUCGCUGACGCCCUUACAACUCUAUCAUCCAUGAUUCAACAUCUAGAUAAGAACUAUAUCGACCCGAUUGAGGUAGAUAUCAGGGAUCAACAUGCCUAUUACUUCCAUGUAAAUGAAGAGCCAGACGGUAAACCAUGGUAUCACGACAUCAGGAGAUUCCUUGCAACCAGAGAGUACCCAAAAAAUGCUACUAAUAGUCAAAAGAGGGCCCUCAGAAGGUUGGGGAAUCACGUUUUCCUCAACUGGGAAGUCCUGUACAGGAGGACACCAGACUUAGGUUUGUUGAAAUGUGUAGAUCCCGUAGAGGCAACGAGGUUAUUGGAAGAAAUACAUGCAGGAACAUGUGGACCUCACAAAUACACCAGACUUAGGUUCACAUUGGCCAAGAAUAUCUUAAGAGCUGGAUACUUUUGGAUGACUAUGGAAAGUGAUAAUAUCCGCUACGUAUAG